AUGGCGGAAAACGACAAUUUGCGUACAGCAUCGCUGUACAUCAACAACCAAUUGCUCUCGCGAGGACUUCUACGCGAUGGCCAGACGAUCAACUUUGCCGACCCGGACGGCAAUCCGGGCGGCACGGAUGCCACAAUGGGCAAGAUCAUGAGCAUCGUCAAUGAUUUGAUCUUGCGCCGAGAUCGCGACGCCGAACAACGUGAGAACCUAUCGACCACUAUGCGUACUGUCCGCGCCGAGAAUCUACGAUACACCAACGACAUCGCACGCCUCUCAGAGAAGCAUACCGAGGCUCAGAGGAAACUCGAUAUCAGCGAGGCUACCGAGAAUACUUUGCGCACCCAACUCAAGUCUGCCGACGCUGCUGUACGCGGCCUCAAGGACGAGGUGGCCCGCGCCAAGACUCUGGUCGCCCAGACGCGGGCCUCCUGCGCAACGGAGGUCCGACGCCGCGACCGCCAGAUCGACGGCCUGAAGAAGCAAUUGGGUGAAGCCGGUCGGCCUCGCGGUACGGCAAAGAGCUCCGCCGUCACAGUUAUCAGCGUUGUCGCCGGCGAGGGCGAGGAGAAGGUGUCGCCCAAGCGUGGAGGCAAAGCCGUGGCAGGCACCGAGGACUCCGGCUAUGACCUGCGCAGCGAAACGAACGAGUUCCUGACGGACCUUGCGCGGAACCUCAGCGAGGAGAACGAGUCCCUCCUGAACUUGGUCCGGCGAACGACGAAGAGUCUGCGCGAGAUGAGUGGCUGUGAUGUUCGGGCAAGCCAGGGUGAUGGCCACGCUGUUACAUUGCCCACGGCUGAGGACAUGGCAAACGAGCUUGACUCCAUACUCGAACACCUGCGCUCCAUCUUGACCAACCCCUCGUUCGCCCCUAUUGAGGAGGUCGAGGUCCGUGAAGAGGAGAUCGCACGUCUGCGCGCGGGCUGGGUCAAGAUGGAGAACCGCUGGCAGGAGGCUGUUCACCUCAUUGACGGUUGGCGCCGGCGCAUGGUCGCCGACGGCAAGUCGGUGAAUAUGGAGGAGCUCAAGAUGGGCCUCCGCCUUAGUCCUGUGCGCGUUCGCAACGUUGAGGAGACUCACCAGGGCGGCAUGGACAUACAUGAGCUCUCUUGUGUGCAAGAAGAGUGCACCGCCGACUUGGAAGAGGAGGAGGAAGAGGAGGAGGAGGAAAAGGACGACUACGAGGCGAUGCCUGAAUCCCCAUGCCCUGCUCCACAAAGGGUCGAGUCACUUCAUCUCGUUCCUGCACCAACAGAUUACGAAGCGGCUUAUCGAGGAGAAGAUGAUUACAACCAGGAUGAUCAGCAGAGCGACUAUGAGUCGAGCAUAUUUGAGGACGUCGACGUUGAGGAAAUCGACAUCGAAGAGCCCAACGUCCAGAUUCUACAACAAUCUACCGCCUACCUCAGCUCCCCUCCUCUUCCACCCCCUCCCCAGAUGAGCCCACUCCGCGAAACGCCUUCUGCGGGUAAUCGUGACGCCAGACCAAAACGCGAUAUUCGCAGAGACUACAACACGAUGGCUGACGAAAAGCCCCGGACGAUCCGCGCCGUCGAUGUCGCCCCAAAACCACCACCACACCUCGUCCAGCUUCCACGAUCGCCGCAGAAGCCUGUGCAACCGGUCGAUGACCGCUCUCGCACGACAUCUGCGGCCUCUCUGGCCUCUGAAUCAACCCACAAUGGCGCACCCCUCAUCACACCGUCCGUAACCCCGCCUCCGGAAGUGAAUCAAACGCCAACAGCGCGAAAGCUCCCCAAGCCGCCGCGCCUCGUUUCAGCUGCUCCCGCAGCACCAUCGCCCGCGGUCUCAGCACCAAGAGAAAACCCAUCCCCCGUCAAGGGCAUCCGUACAGUCUCCCAGGAGAGUCAAGAGAGCCAGACGAGUCAGGAGAGCUGCGAGGGUGCACCCCCUGCUCCCGCCGUUCAGCCCAACGGCAACAAAAACGCGACACCACACCGCACUCCGCUGCGCCGCGUCCCCUCUCGUCUGCCCCUCCCGCGACCCUCGGACCCUCCACCACAGCAGAGCCCUCUGACGAUGGCAACCAUUGCAGCCAAGCUAGCAGCCUCGGAGCGAGAGGCGGACGCUGCCCGCGUCCGCGCGAAGCUCAAGGCGGCACGUGGAGGCACGCUCGGCAAGCCGAUGGCUGCAACCCAACAGCAGCAGCAGCAGCAACAGCACAUGCCUCCGCCUCCUCCACCAGAGACCAUCGUAGCCAUGCCGCAAGAGCCGCAGCCGACGGUUGACUCCCCGGCAAAGACAUGGGCAGACCGAGAUCUCGAUCCCAUUAAGCGCGAUAUCCCGCAAGACGAGCAGGUCCAGCAAUCACCGCUACAGCCGACGAAGCGCAAGCGCGACAGGCGGGUGAGCAAAGUAGCCUCGAGGAGGAGGAGUACGCUUAACCCAUGGGAGAUGGAGAGCCUCAUCUCCGGCAACGUGGCUGUCCCGCCGUCACCUGCUCAGUCAUGA